GAGGUCUGAAUUCACAGACGCAGAACCACAGGCCCUGAGCACCUCGGCCUCUCUCACGUCUCCAGGCUCCAGACCCCAGGCCGCCCUACUUUCCUGGAACAUUCCUCCGUUUAGCAGAGGACAGGCCUGGAGCUCUGAGAGCCAGCCUCCCAAGUGACUUCCCGAGAACCUCUCAGAUAAUGAGAGGAAAUGUGGUCACCAGCGCAUAGAAGGCUAGAGUUCCGGGCUGCAGCUCCAGGCCACCACUCCCUGACCUGGGCCCACCAUCUCUCUCCAGGCAGCCCUCAGCUGUUCACCGUGAGCCUGUGGAUGCCGCUCAAGAUGUCCCCUUUUGGUUGCUGGGGCCUGCCUGCCACCCUUCUCGCCCUGUUCUGCUGCCCAGGGUCUGGUGAGACGUUUGAGGUACACACGUAUCCAGAGCAGCUGGUGGUGGAGCCCGGAGGGUCCACGUUGAUCAACUGUAGUACCAGCUGUGCCCUGCCUGACACCAGCGGCCUGGAAACCACUCUAACCAAGACUCUGGUGGCCAGUGGAACUCAGUGGAAGCAGUACUUGGUCUCCAAUGUCUCCCAGGACACAAUCAUCUACUGCUACUUCACCUGCUCCAGGAAGCAGAAGUUAAAGAGUCUCAACGUCAGCGUGUUCUACCCUCCAAAGCAAGUGCUGCUGAAGCUGAAGCCCACUCGGGUGGCUGUGGGGGGAUCCUUCACCAUCGAGUGCUGGGUGCCCAAUGUGGCACCUCUUGAGAGCCUCACUCUCACCCUGCUCCGUGGCAAGGAGGCCAUGCACAACCAGACCUUUAGGACGAUGGCACUUGCCCCCCAAGAGGCCACAGUCACACGUAACGCCACAGCUCACAAGGAAGACGGCCGCCACAACUUCUCCUGCCGGGCAGACCUGGACCUGCGGUCUCUUGGUGGGGACAUCAUUCACGGUGUCUCAGAGCCCCAGACGCUCAAGGUCUAUGAGCCUAUGCCAGACAACCAGAUGGUCGUCAUCAUCACAGUGGUGUCCGUGCUGCUGUUCCUGUUUGUGACAUCUAUCCUCCUGUGCUUUGUCUUCGGCCAGCAUUGGCGCCAGAGGCAGAUGGGCGCCUACAGGGUACAAGGUGCUUAAAGGGGCCUGAGUCGGGCCUACUGGGCACAGCCUACAUGAGUGGCAUGGUCACCAGCACGGCAGCCACUGGAAGUCAGCGUGGCUCCUCAGGGUUGUGGUCCAGCCCUGGCUGCAGGACUCUAAGGAGCAGCAGAGGACUUUGGGACCAUUUCCUCUUCUAGUCUAAAUAUAAAUACCUGGACUUAA